AUGGCGUCUUCUCCAAGCCAAUUUCCUCUUUUCGCAACACAGAUUGCUUCUGUUGUGACCUGGAUCGGUAUAGCAACUUUUUCCGUCCUCGCCUUUCUGUCCUUCAAAUCUAUCAUUGGAGUAACCUUUCGCUCGCUUCCUGCAGCUCGGAAGCUGUCUUUUGGAAUUCUGCUCGUCGCUGUUCAAUUUGGAUUCUUCUUGCUUAUCCAGAACCUGUUUCCAACCUUUUUUAGUUGCCCGACGGAGUCUGCGGUGUUUACCAAGCGUGACCAAGGCUCUUCAGCAGCAUCCCCGCAUUGGAGUACACACCUCUAUGGUGUGUCUGGGAUUAUAUGGGGCUUACAUAGCCUCUGUAUGCAAGAAGCGACCUAUUGGUUCAAUAGCGCCAAGUGGGAGGAAGAGAAGAAAGAAAAGGCUGCAAGAGCGGCUGCAAAAGAGAAAUCCGACAGCCAUAUGAGAGCGCUAGAGGUCGAGUACAACGCCUCCACCGAGAGGAUCGAAAUUUUGGAAGAGGCAAAUUCUACCAUUGCGCGCGAAGCCACUGCGCUCCGACGUGCCGUUUUCAGAAGGCCCUAG